UGGAUCCACAUAGGACUUUGAUAGUUGAUUGGUUCUCACUCCCGCGCGCUCGUUAUAAAAAUAUAGCAGCUCUUUGGCACUUCUCUUGCAACCUCCAAUUCAUACUCACUUUUCCUGCUUCAUCAACUUUGAGGAAACUCUACAAAAUCUCAUACAAGAUUCUCUUUCUAGCUGAAACUGCAACGACACAAAAAUGGACUAUGUAUAUGGACCAGGAAGGCACCACCUCUUUGUUCCUGGGCCUGUCAAUAUCCCAGAACCAGUCCUCCGCGCAAUGAACAGGAACAAUGAAGAUUAUCGCUCUCCUGCUAUUCCAGCAUUGACAAAAACUCUCCUUGAGGAUAUCAAGCAAAUUUUCAAGACUACUAGUGGAACCCCAUUUCUGAUCCCAACCACUGGUACUGGUGCAUGGGAGAGUGCACUUACAAACACAUUGUCUCCUGGAGACCGGAUUGUAUCUUUUCUGAUUGGUCAGUUCAGUUUGCUCUGGAUUGAUCAGCAGCAGCGCCUUAAGUUCAAUGUCGAUGUUGUGGAAAGUGAGUGGGGCCGAGGUGCCGACCUAGAUGUUCUGGAAUCAAAGCUUGCAGAUGAUUCUGCGCAUACUAUUAAGGCUAUUUGCAUUGUUCACAAUGAGACAGCAACUGGAGUCACCAAUGACUUGUCAAAAGUGAGAAAGUUACUUGAUGACUACAGGCAUCCAGCACUCUUGCUUGUGGAUGGGGUUUCCUCCAUCUGUGCACUUGAUUUCCGUAUGGAUGAGUGGGGCGUAGAUGUUGCAUUAACCGGCUCUCAAAAAGCUCUUUCUCUUCCGACUGGUAUGGGAAUUGUGUGUGCCAGCCCCAAAGCUCUAGAGGCAACCAAAACUGCAAAAUCAGUGAGAGUUUUCUUUGACUGGAGUGAUUACUUGAAGUUCUAUAAGAUGGGAACAUAUUGGCCCUACACCCCAUCUAUCCAGCUUUUGUAUGGACUGAGAGCAGCUCUUGAUCUUCUUUUCGAGGAAGGACUUGACAAUGUAAUUGCAAGACAUAGCCGUUUGGGAAAUGCCACAAGGCUUGCUGUUGAGGCAUGGGGCUUGAAGAACUGCACCCAAAAGGAGGAAUGGUUUAGUAACACAGUGACUGCUGUGGUUGUCCCUCCUUAUAUUGACAGUUCGGAAAUUGUUAGAAGGGCGUGGAAGCGAUACAAUAUGAGCUUAGGUCUUGGCCUUAACAAGGUAGCUGGAAAGGUCUUCAGAAUAGGCCAUCUUGGGAACCUGAAUGAGCUGCAAUUGUUGGGAUGUCUUGCUGGUGUGGAGAUGAUACUUAAGGAUGUUGGAUACCCAGUUAAGCUAGGGAGUGGAGUUGCAGCUGCUAGUGCAUACUUGCAGAAUAACAUCCCUCUGAUCCCAUCAAGGAUUUGAUUUGAUUCAUCUGCAAAAUCAUCUUAUUUAGUUUCUUCUCCCAUCAUUUGCUUAAAAAAAAAAAUCUGUAAAUAAGGCAUAAUUUCUUUUCCUUUAUUCUCCUCUGCCUGCACUGUCUUAUGGCUUUGACCAAACUUAUCUACUACUUAAUACAUAGACUAAUGAAUUAUCUUGAA